UUAAAGAUGGCGGCGAAUUCGAAGCGAUCUUUGUACAAUCCAGCGCCUUCGCAAACGCCUCCACCGCAGAUAAGGAAAUCGCUCGCCCAAGGUUUUCUUAAUACAGAGCCUGUCACUGGUUUUCCAUCAAGUGCAUCGAGAUCUACUAUACCUUUUUCGACGCAUGUCCCUGACCCAACAUAUGUUGAAGAGAGAGAAUCAAAACAAACCUCACCUGUUCUUUUGGUGGAUGCAAGUGGACAGCAUAAGAGCCCUGAUCUUGCUGAAGUACCAGUUGUUACAGGAAUUGUUAAGUCUCCAGUGAGAGUUGUGUGCCAUUCUCCUCGACAUUUUGGAAGAGACAGAAGCAUGUUAGAAAACUCAGUUAUUAUUCAAAGAUCAGACAACUUAACUGAUGUUACUGGCAGUUUAGAAGAAGGAAGGAAAGUUAAAGUAGCUGGUAUACCAAAAGUUAAUCUUCUUGAAUCCAGUGCAAGAAAGAAAGAUUUACCUCACAGUAGUCCAGUACAUAGAAGAUCCCAUGAAGAAACCUUGUUGGACCAUGAGAGAGAAGCUGUUGAACCUAGAUUGGAACAACAACAGAUUGGUAGACCUGGAGAGGAGUUUAAAAGUUUUUUAGGGGAGGAUGGUUUGUAUGCUGCACCUCCAUCAUCUCACUUAUCUACACCUCAGAUAAAGCAACAACUUUUUGAUUUCUCAUCAGUUUCAGAUUCCUAUUUCCAAGCACCAGAUGGUGACCAGUCUGUUUUACCUGCAGGAGAAAAACAGAAUUUGAAAACAAAGAAAAAGAAACAAAAAACUGCUCGCAUUGUCCCUUCCAGAUACAUGGCUGCUGGAACAAAAGUCACUAAAAAGGUAGCAGUGAAGGAGGCACCUCCACCCACAAAGAAAAAAGUCAGAGUGCCCUCUGCAACAUCAUCAAAAUCAAGAGACCAGUCAGUUCUUACUCACUCCAACAACAGCACACUUGGCCUUGAUGUCAUCACACCCUUCAUCAGACACACGUCCAAUCAAAAAGGCAUAGUCACAUCAACUCCAGCUGAUGCCAUGGCAGGGGUUGACCCUGCUGUUCACAUGGGAGCACCCACCCCCAUUUUGCCCCAGGGUGUAGCAACAUUUGCAAAACAACAUGGGGGGAGUGGAGGUACUUAUGCUGUCAAGAAGACUUCAGUUUCUCGUGACAAGCAAAAGCAGCAACCUAUUGUAGUCAAGAAAGCUGGGGUUAAGAUGGCAGGUUCAUAUCAACCCUCUUUGCAAACCAGCAAGCCUUCUGUUCCAACCGAGACCGGACCUGUGGGAACUUCAGCAGGUGAAGGUGACAUCUCGCAACGUCAGCUUGAACUUCAGUAUUCAAGAGUUGUACAAGCCUCUUUUCUGUACUCGAGGCUGAAACAUUCCUUUGGACAAAAAGAAAAAGAUGCACAGAGUCAAAUUUACCAUGUGUGGCAGGAAAAAGAGAAACUUCAACGCGAGAUAGCUAAUCUAGAGUUACAGCUGAAAAUGAAAACGAAAAUUGCCGAACUUAAUGAACAAAUAAAGCUUCAGAUGUCAGGACUUGAGCCCAUUGGGUCCAACAUGGUGAGGCUAAUACUAGACUUCAGUAAGUUAGCCGCUGCUCUGGAUACUACCCGGCAUCACAUGUCAGUCAACGGAGUGCUUCUUCCCGAUAAUCACGAUCAGCUAUUAACUGUUCUUGACGAAAGCGAAAGAUUACUCGGCGAAAUUGACUCACUUUCCAAAGACAAACAACAAAAGAUUGAAUCGUUUGCCAAAGAGAUGGAGGGGUUGUCCAAAACUGUAGACUCCGAAAUUCAAGAACAAGACAGGUGUGGUGAAUUGCUGGCUGCUGCGUCAACGCUCAGCACUCAAGAGCGUAGUCUUCAAGCGCAAUCCAUCAUGGCUGGGUUAUAGACAUGUUCAUUUGGUUUCGUCUCCUUCUGGGUAUCGAGCGUUUUGGAGAUGACAAGUUGAACAGCUUGCCAAGCCAAGUAAACAAAGACUGAAGUGGUUGACACAAUAAUAAAGUAAUGGAAUCUAAUGAACAGAAUAUGGCCUCUCUCUUAAUCUGCUUCAUGACUGUAACAUUUCUCAAGAGAAGAGAGAGAGAGAGAGAAGAUUGAGAAUUCUUCUAAGUUCAAACUCUGAUUCCUAGUUGAGGACAUUCGUGGUUACCAUAGCUCGCUAUACAAAUCCACGCCAAAAUUUCGUUGUCAGGAGAGAAUAUUUCGCUGAGAAAAAACGCGUUUUCACGUGUUGUACACCUGGGUACACCUGUUGUUUUUAUUGAUAACGCCUUUCCGGCACAAAGCUGUCUACUAGGGAUCUUUCCUUGUACUUGUUGUAUUUCGAAAGAACUCUGAAUCUCUCUAAAGAAACAGUUUAGACAAUUGAUUAUUUUGCAAACUGUCUAGCAUGCAGAUGUAAACAUAUCAUCUUAAAUACUGUUCGUCGUAGUCGUAGUUUGGAAGACCCUCAAGCAAUCGUCAUAAUUGUUUUCAUCGAGGAUUUCCGCAGCAGCUAGAAAAGAAAGUUAUUUGUGGAAGCCUUGCUCCUCUAUUACUUGUUCUUGUCAGUGUGACUCAGGUUUUUGA